AUGGGCGGCGGGGUCGGUGUGGGAGGACUCUCGGGGUUGGCGGGGCGUCGGUGUUGGGGAGGGCAGUUCGGAGGACCGGCGGGGGGGGGGGGGUGUAUCGGGGCGGAGGGCCGCCGGUCGCGGGGGCGGUCGGAUAGAUCGGUUUCGGUGCGGAAAGGUGUGUAUGUCCGGGGGGGGUGGAGGGGGGGGGGGUUUUCGGUGGCGGGGUUUCGCGGGGGGGUGGGGGAGGGGUCUUUCGGGUGGAGGGGGUGGGGGGGGGGAUGUGGCUCGGAGGGGUGGAAGGGUUGGGGGCCACAGAAGUCGGCGGUCGGUUUAUUCUGCGGUUGCGGGGGGGGCUGCGGGUCGAGGGGGCGUGGGGGUAUCGAUGUCAGUCGCCGGUUAGGUCGGGUCGGGGGGGUGUGGAGGCGCUGUGGGGGGGCGUGUGAGGGGUUCGGAGGGGGCGGCUGGUGGAUGGGGGGGGGGGCGGGGGGGAGCGGGCGGGGAGGGGGGGAUGGCGUACGGCGGGUGGUGGAGGCCGGGCCUCGGGACGGUGGAGUUCGGCGGGGUGCAGUUCGGGUGCGUUGGGGGGGUGGGGGCAUACGGGGGCGUGUGAUUCGGGGUUCGGCCUAG